AUGCCUUACAGUAUUAAAAUUCACGAUCACGAAUUGCGCAACUGCCCUGCAAACGGACAGACUUGUCAUAAAUGCCAAGGAAGAAAUCAUUUCGCCAGGGUAUGUCGUUCUUCUGUAAAGCCUGUGCAUGUUGUUGAAGAAAGUUCAGAUUCAGAGACAGAAAGGCUAUCUUUAAAAGGGGGAACGGGGAAUGGGGGAACGGGGAAUGGGGGAAUAUCAUAUUCCCCCUUUUAAAGAUCUUUAAAAGAGUAUUUCAUAUUCUUUAAAAGGGGGAAUAUUGGAAUAUUCCCCCUUUUAAAGAUCUUUAAAAGGGGGAAUAUCGCGACUCUGAGACUGAUUUAAUCCUCUUGACUUGUAUUAAGAGUAGCACGGAAUCUUUAAGCAGUCUACGAAUUUUUUAAAUUCACGCGCGUAAAUUCUUUCAGACUGCAGACUAUAUACACAAACAAAUUACACUGCGCGCAUUGCAAUUAUUGAUGUUUUACUGAUUCUCCGUACGGAAACUACUAUACUUUCGGCGUCUUUUGUCUGAAUACAGACACUGUAAUGUGACACUGCAACUUGUCAAUAUAGUUAGUUACAUUAAUCCUAGCCUUGCCGCAAACACCUUUGGAUAACACAGCAUUACAGCAUCUGUUAGUAGUUUCCGUGCCAAUGUCUUGGCAGACGUUACAGUAACUAAAGAGAAAACAACAUAAAAAUCGGGAAAAUAGUUUUAUUUUUCGACGUUGCUAUGUCAGGUCUAUUCAAUAGCUUCCGAGUUCCAAGUCUUGUAAAGCGACCGAAAAAAAGUCAUGGCUUCUGUCUUUUGACUGGAAUUUAUUGAAAGACCAUCAACAGUUAGGUCAUGGGAGUUUUGGCACAGUGCUUUUGGCAAACUAUGGAGUAAAUGCCCGUAAAGUUGUGGUCAAGAAACUCAAGGGAGAAUCUAUCGAAAGUAAACGGCGAUUCUUGAAGGAAGCUGAAAUGUUGAGUGGAAUUUCUGCGCAUGACAAUAUACCAACGUUUCUUGGGUAUUCCGACAACCCGCAUGGUUUAAUGAUGGAAUAUGCAGGGUUUGAUUUUAGUCCAUUUGACAGCGAGAAUGUGGUGUGUAAUCUGCAAGAUUUUUACCACUAUGUCGACGGCGAAUUCGAUUUCAACGCAUUUGCGGAUAUUUUACCGGUGUGCAUUAAAGAUACUGUGGCUGGCUUGGAUUAUCUACACAGGCACAACAUUGUCCACAGGGAUUUGAAACCAAGCAAUGUGUUAGUUUCCAAUCAGCACUACUGUUAUAGCAAGGAUAAAACAUUUGUUGCUGAAAUGUACGCAAAGUGUCCGAUUGUCGGCAAGGUCGCAGACUUUGGAUUAAGCAGGUCUUUGGACGCUCAAACUCAAUCUGUCCUGCGAUCAAGGACGGAUGAUAUAUGCCGUGGUACGCCGGUUUAUAUGGCCCCUGAAAUCCAUACACGUCAGUUAACCAAUGCAAGCCAGGACGACUUGAAAAUGGCAGAUAUCUGGUCCUUCGGGAUUUUGGCGUACGCUAUGAUCAAUCCUAACCUUCAUAGUCCGUAUCGCAAGGAGUCGGAAAGCUUCGGUGCUGCGUUUAAUUUGGACAUUAUGAAACAUUUUAUGCAAGAACAAAUUCUUCCUGAUCAUGAUGCGAAAUACGAAGUCUUGCGAGUGAGCGAGUGGUGGCAAAUAGACGAAAUUUUCAAUUUGUGUGCAAAUUUCGAGCCAAAUUUACGACCAGCAGCAUCAGAUGUUCUCCGUAUAAUAAGGAGUGAAGAUCUUGAAUCAUCUCUUAGUGUGAAAAAGCUUCGGCUGAGCCAAAACACUGCACUAGAACAGCUGAUUUGGAAUUUGCUCGUCAAAUAUCGAGUGAAAGAAAAUUCGCAGAAGAAAGUCAAGGUGUUGAAGAACAAACCCCCGAGAAUGAUGCAACUAACGCUUGUGCCUUUUUAGCAGUUGCAAUAGGCGAUGCAUUUUUACAAGCAGUAAUAGCAAAUCAAGAUUUCGUAUGUGAAAACUUGGUAGAGCUGGCAGAAGAAGCCUUAACCACUCUUCCCUCAAAAAUUAACAAUGUAAGAGAUGCAAACAAAAUGUAUGAGCCAUCAGAAGCCAAAUCUAUUUUAGAAGCAAAUGCUCUGCUAGUAGCAAAUUACGACCUCACUGAAGAAUGCGUAUCAGCCAACGGCGUAUUCUCAGAAGCAGGAAGGAAAGAACUCAUUGCCGCUCUAACUAAGCUACAGCCGGAAGCGAAAAAUCGAGUUGGCCUUUACACUUGUAGCCCCUACACGUUUUUGGCAGGUGUGCACAACAAUUCAUACUUCGUGGUCGAUACACAUCCCAUUGGCGAAGAACUUGGAGGCGAUGGCAAUGGCAUUGUGAUUACGACAAAAGAUUUAACUCAACGCUCUGGUAUGCUCUUAGUGCAGUGGAUUUUAAAGCGUUUAAGAACAAGUGGUUUAAACGGGGAGGAGCUACAAAGUUUUGCAUGGUUGAUGCCUCAGCUAGAAACUCAAGAACAAGGUGAGUGUUAUCAUUGACAAGUGAGAUAAAUUUAUAUGGACGCGUGUCGUUUUGUUUGUUUAGAGCCAAAAAUGAUUUUUGGCAAAUUUAAAAAAAAGAUUUGGCACUGAAAUACUUUUUUUCGCACUGUAUUUGGUAAAAUAGCACUUCUGUUGGGCAAUCAGAAUCAAGUAAUUUUCGGUUCAUGCAUAUUAUUAGCUCGUAUACUAUUAGGUUUCAGGGAGUGGUCAUUAUCUAUCUUGGUUGGUAAAUGGGGAAAAUAAGGAUUGGAAACUUUUUUGGACCCCCGUCCAGACUGAAGGCAAACUUUUUGUGCCUCCCCCUCAUAAAAGUAGAAACUUUUCCGACCCCUCCCCCAGUGUGGAUUGAAAAAUUUACACAAUGAAACAGUUGUGCGUUGCAGGUAAAGUUAGACUAGAAAAUACAUGCAUGCAGAAACCCUCGCCUUGCUGACAAAACCAUUGUAUUUUCCGAACAUGAAGUUCUAAAGUAGUUGUCAUGGUAACACGAUAAUUUUUUAAGAAUAUUCUUACAAAUGAAAAAUCGCCUAAAAAUAUCACUUUAAAUGACAAAAUUAUUAAUUUCCCAACAUAAAUAUAUGUUAGGUGUGUUAUUAUACGUAAUAUAAGCCUCAAUUUAAGGUAAAAUUCAACCUCAAACGCUUCGCAAAACGUUUUAAAGUCACUAGUGUUCUUUAUAAAACUAAACUGCCUUUUAAAAUGGCUUUAUCGAUAAACUUUGAGUUUGCAAUAAAAUGAUUUCAAAUUCUCGCUUGCAAAUAACUCAGUGCUUUCUUUUUUAUUUAGAAAUUCAAUAUAAUGAAAAAGGGAAUCAAUAUUAAAGAUACACUAAAAUUAUAUGCUGUUUGUUUAGUUGUUUCAUAUACGCAAAGGCCGUCGGGUUUUAAAGUCAUUAUAAAAUCAAUAUUUAAAACAAACUUACCUUCGUUAACGUCGGCUCCCUUCUUUCAGCCGAUUCUUUCGCAGUUUCAUUUUGAGAGAGCUUUUGAAAUUUACAAAAUCUUGGAAAAAUGCGAGUAAAAAUGAAAUGUAUUUGCAAGAAGUUUAUCAAUCAUCAAAUCAACAAAUGUUUGCUAUUUCGCUGUCGUGAUGCAGUCGUGCCAGUCGUUAUAAUGCAGAAUUUAAAUUGGACCAAUCAGUGUCCGCUAUUCAUGACAGUCCGCCAUAUUUUUGAGAUCAGUGAGGAUGACCACCCAUCGUUGGUCACCCACGCCCGCGAUAUUUGAUGACCUUUAGACUCCGCUAAUGCUUUCGUUUCCCCGGGUGUAAAUAGCCGGGGGGAAUUAGUACCCUCGCACGGCGCUUCGCGCCGUCGGCUCGGGGAUAAUAGGUUUUACCCUGGUGAAUAUGUUUUACCCUGGUGAAUAUGAUUCAACCAUAUAUGAUUAAAAGAUAUAUAUUAUGUGUUACUACUUUGCAAUGCAACAUUUGUCCUACCAUAACCCUAACCCAUGGCCCGUCUUCAUACAGCGAAAUUUUUAAGAACUUGUCUGGAGGGUGGGCAUCUGUAAAAAGGGACCAUAAUAUACCGAGUGUAGGCAGAUGACAGAUGGUUGUUGGUGACAAAAAGAUCGGUGUAGUAUGUACUAGUAGGGUUUUUUCGUAUUUAUCCACCCCUAGGACUGAAUGGGAGCAUUUUCUGAAACACAUGGCCAGAAAUCCCGGACAUAAUUUAUUCUAAUUCCAUAAAAAAUUUACAUAUCACUUUGAAAUAUGGCUUUAACUGUAAACGGUAGAUUGUACAACGCGAUAAAGUAAAUCGCAAAAUCUAAGAUUAUAGUAGAUCGUUUGCAACUUGCCGAAAUCACUGGUGCUAAAUCAAAGUUUGUCGAUGUGUCUAGUGUAAUUUUGGCCUAGUUUAAGUUGCUGUUUUUCCUGCUUUUUAGUUCAUUCCUAGUGCGGAAUUUUUGUAUAGAGUUAAAUAGACAAAUAUAGUUAAAAUUCACCUCUAUACAAAUAUAGAAAAAGCAGGAAUGGUAGUAACUUAAAUCAGGCUAAUAUUACACUAAAUUCUUCGACAGGCUUUGUUUUGCAUCCAGCGAUUGCGGCAAAUUACAAAGGAUCUACCAUACUCUCCGAUUUGGGGUUAACGACAUCGCGUUGUAGCGGGCCCGACUCCCACGAGGCGUUACCAUGUUUGGCGCCGAGCAGGAAAAUUCUGAAAAUUUUGAGUCUCUAGAUCGAUGGGAAUGGCAUUUUCAGAGUCUUUUUUUGCUGUUUGUGAUUAUAGAAAUCAGAACAUGGUAUUUGGUAGACAUGGUAUUUAAGUUCAAAAACUUUUUCACCCCCUUUCUCUGCGUUAAAACUUUUUUGACCCCCCUAUUUAUAAGGGUAAAACUUUGUUUCCCCCCCUUCCCAUUUACCAACCCCCCUCCCAUAAAUAAUGACCACUCCCUUAGUACCUCUUGUCAUAUAAUUGCCAUACUCAUGUACAAUAUUCAACAGAUUUUGUUCAGUGAUCUAGUUAAAUGAUGGCCUAAUAGGGACAAACGCAUGUGCUUGUAUAAAUGACAAAAUGGUCAAUUUUUUCACAUUUUAGUUCUUCGCGACUUGUUAAGAACAAGGAUUCAGAAUUUUUUAAUUUGCGCGGCGAGCGACUUCGCGCAGUGGAAAACUUGGUUUAGGAAUAAAGGUUGCUUUCCACCAAAUUUUAUAUGAUAAAAAAUGAAUAAAUACCUCAACAAAAACACACAAACAUUAGUGAAAGAUUAAUUUAAUUUAUCAUGUAUAAAUUUAGGUGCUGGGGAAGUAACUACGCCUGCUUAUACCGUUAUUGAGGACAGCCAGGAAGACAUGGACGGUUAGUAUAUGAACUCAAAACAAAUAAGGGCUUAAGAUAGGAUAAUUAUGAAAUAAUUAAUGGCAAUACAUAAUAACAAUACGUUUCAGAUACUGAAUUAGUAAAAAGUGAUGAACUUAAGUUAAUCAGCCUGCAAGAUUUGGACGAAGAAAGUGGAAGGGAUGCGUCAGCAGAAUCACCUGAAAAGAAGAGUUACUUUGACGAGAAAGGAUCAAGGUAUAGUUAUACUAACAUGUUAGUAUUGUGUAUUGUGAAUUAUAUUCAGUAACCUUAGCACCCACACGAUAGAUCUAGAAUGCUAAUACCACAGUGCCGUAGCCAGAACGAUAAUUGAGGAGGGGGGGGGGGCACAUAUUCAUAUAUUUGUGUUCACAUACCAUAAAAACAAUUGAUUUCAAAAGAAAUUAAUAAAGAAGAACACGAAUAUAUGAAUAUGUGCUCUCCCCCCAAUUAUCGUUCUGGCUACGGCACUGUAAUACCUACAAAAAAUAGAUUCAUACUCGUUUGUGUAACAUCUAGCGGUCUUUGCAAAGCACAAAUAAGCAAUAUACAAAACUACUCUAUCUCUGUAUAUACAUAUCGUAUGUCUUUCACAGUAUGUUUGAUGAAUUUUCGUGAAUAUUAUUCUAUUUAAACAGCGAAUGUAGUUCAGACGACGAAUUUGCAACGAUUGACCGUCUUCCAGAGUCAACUCUCUACCAUGACGAUGCCCUUACUCCGGUAUUCUCAUGGAACAAGAAAGCAUAUACCGCCGAACAUUUGGUACAUAUUUUACUGGAUGAGCAAGAAAGUGGUAGCCUCUGUGUCGCGACGCCAAUUAACAUAGCGCAUAAUGUAACAUUCCUGAUCGACAACACCAAGAUGAAGAUGGAAGAAGACAUAACGUGUGACGACAUGGGUAUAUGGCUUCAUUCGGGCUCCCCCAAGAGAUCCUUUGCGGUAUUGCGUAAAAUGUCAGGGAAGAUCAGCAAAAUAACACCCGUAGCUACAACGAACGAGGAGAGUACCCAAGGCCAAGCGCAUGUAGUCACACUGGAGCGAGUGUAUUACGUGAAUAAGUCGAGUAAAGAUGUGAGAAAGAUAAUGUCAACUUUGGAAGGCACGACAUAGACUUCAAAUCUUAGAAGUACAAUUUAAACCUCCUAACAAUAAGCUUUAGGGGCCAUUCACAAAAUACGUGACGCUGUUUUUGCGAAUUUUUUACCCCUCUCUACCCACCUCUUUGUGACAGUGUGACGGCAGCUAGCAGUACACCCCAUCAUAAGACGUGACUUUGAGACAACCCCCCCCCCAAAAAAAGAAAACUUACAAAACACGUUAUCUAUAAAUCUACACUAUUUCAAUUCCUUGUUAAACCUCGGCCUAAACAGUUUCCCACUCAGGUUCUCGCUAGUUAGUUGAAUAAAUGGGAGUGCCGUAUUUCAUGGCGAUGACAGGAGGAGUAUUUUGAUAGAAAACAUUGAUUUCUCAUUUCUCGUCAGGGCCAACUGACGUCUACAAUGCCAGACAUGCUGCGAAGAAGAAAAAACAGCCAACAAAUGAAGAAACCGAAAUAAAUACUAUUUGGGAGCUUUUAGAAAAUGCAAAGAGAGAAGAAAAAAACGGAAAAGAUUCAGUAUUCAUUCGUGAAUGCAGAAUCCAUCCAGAUUUCCUUGUCAUCUUAGCCAGUGAUCGUCAACUUCAAGACCUCAAACAUUUCUGCACUAAUCCACACGAAUUCUGUAUUUUCGGAGUUGACCCUACUUUCAAUAUUUUUGAAGAAAAUAUUAGUCUGACGGUUACAACUUACAGAAACCUGAAGCUUCACAAAGACGCAACAAAGAAACCACCAGUCUUUAUUGGGCCAGUUCUUAUGCAUCAGCGUAAGGACUGGAAGACGUAUGCUAGAUUUGCAAAUUCUCUAACAACCGAAUGUCCAGAGCUCGAAGGUCUGCUUGCAUGUGGAACGGACGGUGAAAAGGCGUUGAUAGAUGGGUUAAAGCGUAACUUUCGUUUCGCAUUAUUUUUACGGUGUUUUAUACAUAUCAAAGAUAACGUACAACGACAAUUGAGUGAGCGAGGCCUGCCGUCCGAUAUCAAGUCGAAAUUCCUUAAUGAGAUAUUUGGAAAGCAAGAAGAGAGCACAAAAUACGCAGGUCUUGUUGAUUGCGAUACUGAAGACGAGUUUGACGCCAAAUUGAUCGCAUUGAAAAGCGAAUGGGAGGCCAGAGAAGCGGAGAGAAGCGGAGAGUCGCGGCACAUUGAAGAAGACCAACACAUUCUACGAGUGGUUUGUAAAAGAGAAGGUAAUUGUAUGAAAAAGCAGGUGGUUACAAUAAACGAAUAAUAUAUAAUAGAGUUUUGUUGAAAGAUAAAUCGUCGUUGCAGUGUUGACAGAGAAUUUCGUUAUACAAAUGCUCCGUGUUUCUAAUUCUACAACGAGGAUAGCUUUUGAAGAUGCUUGAAGCGAAACCACUCGAUGACUCGUAAUUAAGUUUUGGAUCAACGCUCUCUGGUUUAAUAAAUCUUUCGACACUUUAUUAUCAACGGGUGAUAAUAAAAAAAUAUUAUGACCCAUUCAAGACUGCAGACUACAUAAAUAAAUUUAUUAAACCAAAGAGCGUCCAAUUUAAUUUAGAACAGCUUAUUAGUAUAGGUAAUCAUGCGAUGGCGUAGGCAAAUUUCCAAACAUCACGGGUACUAUUAAUCCCUAAUUGUACGAGCAACAUUACUUAUUCAUUAUUAAUUAACAUAACAAAAUUGGAUACGUACUUCUCAAUGUCAACAUCAUAUUCUCUCGCCAAAGCCCGGUCCUGCCAGACUUUCAACCAAAAUUUGCUGCUUUUGUUCGUAUUUUCAUUUAGUUCUUUUGCUAAAGCAAAAUAUGCUGCUUUUGUUCGUAUUUUCAUCUAGUUCCUCAAGGGCAAUUUCAGUUCUCGUUUGUGUUUAAAAUACCUUUCCGCCAUUUUGUUUGUUUUGGGAAAAUUAUUAAUUGUACUGCAGUACAAUUAAUGAAAUAAUUGUACUCCUUUCAACCAAUCAACAUCCAGUAAUUUUGUCAUGCUAAUAAUAAAUUAUAUUAACAUGGUUAUCAUUUAGUUUUUCCCACUAUACAUAAUACAGCUUUCUUAUGAAGUUUGAAAGAAAACUUUAAUUUUUCAGGCACGUGAUGUUAAAGAGUCCAUGCUGAAGCCCAUCCGAAUGGAAGCUGGUCUGGGAAAUCCCCCUCGAGAAUAUACAAAUAAUGAUCCGGAAUCAGCAAAUUUUGUCAUCAAACACGGAUUGAAAUUUGAUGAGAAGAAACCUCACGAGUUUGUACAAGAAAUGAAGAAUAUCAUCGAGAGGCAGUAUCGAGACGAAGAUCGCGCCGUAUUCGGAAAAGGCCCAUACGAGGUUCGGCCAGAAUUUCAACAUUUAAUCGUGGAUGACAAGACAUGGAGCAAAAUGUCCCACGAACAGCUUAUGGCGAAAGUUGAGAAGUACGUCAAAAGCGGCAUGGAUGCCAAGAAAGUCGUGUUGAAUAAAGAAGUUGAAAUUGAUUAA